GUAUUUACAAAAGGAAUUUUCGCACAAAUGGUACUGCUAUGUUGAAGGUGAAUCAUUAUUGCCUCCUCUUUGUGAAGCCGCUUUGCCCGUCCGUGAGGGGCAUGACCAAACGGGGGCGCGGCAGCACAGUGAGCGCCCUUAUCGACAGUUAAAAAGGGGAGAACAAAAAAAUGCUCCUAAAAGUUAUACAUAACGGGGAAAGUAAUUAUAGGCGCUCCUUUACCGCGGCUCUUGGGCGAUUACCCAAAUUGGAGUUCGCUGAACAGGUGUAGAAUCGGUUGUCCUCCUGCUUACUUGCGGACGGAGUACUCGUGGGGCCAUGUGAAGGGACGCGCCUGAUGUAGCGGAUCACGUCACUUCAACUCAGUUUUGCGAAGACGGUUAAGCGCGCUGCGCGGGACAUUUCACCGGCAGUUAAGCGGCCUAACGGCAAACUGCCCAUCGCAAACCGCCAGUCAGCCCACCGCCUGCGAAGAUGGCCACCAUCAUGACCAUGGAAUUCCCCUCGUCGGACGAGGAGGACGAUAACUACGACGUGGAGGCGGAGCUGGAGAGGGAGCUGAAGGAGGGAGACCUGUCGGACGAAGUGAAGGAGGAGCUGCAGGAGGAGGGUAAGCAGCUGCUCAGCCAGCUGGGGAAGGCCAAGAGGAACAAAAGGAAAAAUGAAACCAACCCAAAAAUGAUCAAAAGUAUAAUAAAGAACUCCAUCGUAAAGGAAAAAAUCGAAAAAACGUAUCACGACAUUAAUAGGGAAUAUGAGCAGCUAUACAAACACGAAAAAUCAGUUAGCGAUGGAGAUUUCCUUUUGCAAUUCCAUAGGAAGUAUCCCCAGGAAGAGAAGAACUACAAUACAACGCAGAAGCUGCAUGACCAUUUGAAGAAGUACUCACCUGCUUUGGGCGGAAAUGAGGACUCCCCCGAAAUGGACAUAAAGGCAUUCAAAGAGAAGUGCCGCAAUCAACAGUACAGCAGCGACAUUUCCAACGUGGUGAAAAACGCGCUGGAAAAUUUUUACGAAAAUAAUUCCGUGCAAGUGGAAAAAAAAUACAUGUACGCAGGGAAGGUUUACACAGUCCAAAAAAAAAUUGACAAAACGUCUUCCUCCUAUAAGCGAUACCUCAGGAUGAAGGAUAAGAUGAAUAUCGGAGGGAAUUUCGCAAACAUAGACCAGCUGGUACAGAGCAUACAAGAAAACAAACAGAUCAAUACGGUCGAUAAGUCCACUGAAGAUUGGGCCUACUACAAAAUGGCCAAUUCCAUCGAUGAGGAGAAGCUGAAGGCGGGGCAGAAUUACUUGGAAAAUAAAUUUUUCAGUGAAAAUGUGGAGCGGAAGGUGUACGAGCAUAACGUUAGGAAGCGGGCCCCUUGA